AUGCCUUUCGAUGUCUUGGGAACACUUGGCGAUGUGCAAUUGGUGAAAAAGGAUGGAUCGACUGUCCCCGCGAAACAAGCACUUGAGGGCAAGGUGGUCGGUUUUCUCUUCUCUGCACAUUGGUGUCCGCCGUGUCGGAAGUUGACGCCAGCGGUGAAGAAAUUCUACGAGUCUCUCCGUACCUCGGGGCACAACGAAUUCGAGGUCGUUUUUGUGUCGGCUGAUCGAACCGAGCCCGAUAUGAUGGAAUACAUGGAAAUCCACGGGGAUUGGUUCGCCAUUCCAUUCGGCGAUCCUCUCAUCAAAAAUCUGACUGAUCGUUUCCGUGUGAUGGGCCUUCCGUGUUUCGCAAUUGUCAAUCAGAAAAAUAUCAUCGCCGCGAAGAAAAACGCAAAAAACGAUGUACAGGAAAAGAAGAAAGGCAAUCGGCAAAUGCUUUCCGAGUGGAAAAAAGCCGUCGAGGAUUGUGCUGAA